UUCAUAAUUUUCUGGGUAUAAAGAAUCCUAACCUAACCAAUAAUCAUUUUUAAGUAAGUGUCCGAUCUGGCAGACAACGAAUCAUAAUCCGAAAAACGUGUUGUGUCCUAUCUGUCUCUCUUUCCUAUAUUUUCUUCGAACUUUAACCGCCAGCUCGUACAUCGAAUCGAAUCGAAAGCACAGAGGAAAAAUCUUGGGACCUUUGUCUGCCUAAGAUUUUUCCAUCUUCAAUGGCCGGAUCGAAGCACCUUUCAGAUGAGAAUGUAAAAGCAUCUAAUAUAUUUGAAAGAGCCAAGGAGGAGAUCCAGGAGAAAAUAAUGCAUCAUUAUCAAAAGGAAACUCAUGGCACUGACAACUACAUUGAUGAAAACACCCCAUUGGAUAAUGUGAAAGCUCCUAAUGUGUUUGAGCGAGCAAAGGAAGAGAUUGAGGCUCUGAUUCAAACUAUCCACACCAAGAAAGAGUCUGAAACUCAGGAAAAAAGAGAUCAAUCUGUUGAGGUAGAGGCAGAAAACGCUUUCAAACCGCUCAAUUUAAUUGGAAGAGCUAAGGAAGAGAUUGAAGCAAUGAUUCAUCCUGAUAAGUCAACUCACGUUCAUAACAUAGAAACUCAUGGCAGAAAUGAUGAUAUUGAUGAAAACACUCCCAUUGAUGAGAUCAAAGGGCCAAUUAUUUUUCAAAGAGCCAAGGAAGAAAUGGAAGCCCUUGUCGAAACUAUCCACCACCCUAAGAAGGAAUCCAGUGAUUCUGUUCCCUCUUCACCACCAGUAAGGGAAAGUGGGUUUGCAGCUUCUAUUGGGAGAGGGCUUGAAAAAGUAUGUUCACCAGUUGGAAAAGGGCUUGAAAAAGUUUGUGCUCCUCGAGGUAAUAAGAAAGAUUAAACUGAAAAGUACUGUCAUAGCAAUGAUAUCUUGCUCGCUUGUUUUCUUGAGUAACAAUUACAGGGUACGAGAUAGUUCAUUGUUUUUCAUUACCCAUUUCAUUGAUGUGCUUGUUUGGCUGAGAAUCUGAAUUUUUAUCAAAUCCAUCUGUGGUUUUUAUAACAGGAUUUGGUUUUGAUAUCAAAA